AUGACGCUUCAGUGGUUUGUUGUGGCACUGAUUUUAUAUCUGGAAAUAGCGGUCGUACUGCUGCUACUUUUGCCUUGGAUUCGUCCAACACUAUGGAGUAAAUUUUUCAAAAGUCGCAUCGUGAAUACGUUCGAAAAACACGCAACCGUUUAUUUUAUUUCUGCUCUCUGUAUCCUUUUGCUUCUCUUUGCAGAUGCUAUUCGAGAAGUCCGAAAAUACGCGAAUGAAGUAGCAAUAGAGGGUUCAAUUCGUCAUACUGCAGAUUCAGAAAAUGUUGUUCACAUGCGGCUUUUUCGCGCGCAGCGAAAUCUUUACAUUUCUGGAUUUGCACUCUUGCUCUUCCUAAUUAUUAAGCGGUUAGUUGCACUUCUUUCUCGUGGAGCAUUGCUUGAAGCUGCUGCUGAGGCUGCAAUGAAGCAAGCUGAAAGUGCAACCAAAAUGGCAAAAUCUUACAUGUAUGGUGAGGGCGAAAGAGAAAAGGAACUAGAGCGACAAGUGGAAGAGCUUGGCAGAGAACUGAAAUCAGCGCAAGUGGACAGGGACACUAUGAAGGAGCAAGCAGAGAGUCUUGAACGAGAAUAUGAUCGUGUUUGUGGCUUGCUUAAGCUGGCUGAGAAAGCGAGUGGAGACAAGAAAGAAGAUUGA